AUGACGGCGGAUAUCAGCGUCGCCAUUGACCGCGGCGGCACCUUUUGCGAUGUCAUUGCCCAGGUAGAGGGCCACGAGCCCAUCGUCUUCAAGCUCCUCUCUGAGGAUCCCUCCAACUACCCAGAUGCGCCCACAGAGGCCAUCCGCCGAGUCCUGGAAAAGGUCGAAGGCAAAUCCAUCCCUGUGGGACAGAAGCUAGAUGGAUCGAGAAUAGCUUCAUGUCGCAUCGGCACCACCGUGGCCACCAACGCGCUGCUCCAGCACAAGGGCGAGCGCUUCGCAUUCAUCACUACAAAGGGCUUCAAGGAUGUCUGCACAAUCGGCGACCAGUCCCGCCCAGAGCUCUUCAAUCUCAAGAUCCGCAAGCCCAGGCCGCUUCACUCGGCCGUGAUCGAGGUCGACGAGCGUAUCGUCCCGGCUGACUACGACCUCAAUCCCUCCCCUUACGACAAGCAGGUCCUCGCCGCCGAGUCCGAGGCCAGGCCGGAUGACCUCGUCCGUACCGUCAGUGGCGACUACAUCCGCAUCCUUCGUAGGCCAGAUGCCGCAGAUGUCCGGACCAAGCUCGAGGCUCUGCGCGCCGACGGCUACACCUCCUUGGCCGUCUGCUUCCUGCACGCCUACCUCUACCCGGCGCACGAGAAUCUCGUCGCCGACAUCGCCAAGGAGGUUGGCUUCGAGUUCAUCACCACAUCCGCCCGGACCAGUCCCUCCAUCAAGUUCCUCAACCGCAGCACCUCGACCUGUUCCGAGGCCUACCUGUAUCCCGUGAUCAAGCGUUAUGUCGAGGGCUUCACAGACGGAUUCCAGAAUCUGCCUCGUCGGGUUGACUUCAUGUGCUCAGACGGCGGACUAAAGACUGCCACCCGAUUCAGGGGCAAUGAGGCCCUCGUCAGCGGUCCUGCCGGCGGUGUCGUGGGAAUCGCCCGCUCAUGUUACGAUCCGGACGAGGGGACGCCCGUCAUCGGUUUUGACAUGGGCGGCACGAGCACCGACGUCUCCCGCUACGACGGCAAGUAUGACUAUCUGAGCGAGACUUCCAUCGCCGGGCAGACCAUCACAGUUCCGAUGCUCAACAUUGCGACCGUCGCAGCAGGCGGCGGCUCCAUCCUGUUUGCUCGCAAUGGUCUCCUGGCUGUUGGCCCCGAGAGUGCCGGCGCACAUCCUGGACCGGCUUGCUAUCGUAAAGGAGGUCCCCUCACAGUCACAGACGCGAAUCUGUUCCUUGGGCGGCUGGUGCUUUCGUCAUUCCCUUCCAUCUUUGGUCCUAAUGCCAACGAGCCUCUAGAUCUCGAGAUCGUGCAGAAGAAGAUGGCAGAGAUUACGGCCGAUUUCAACCAGCAGACGAACCAGAGCCUGACCUCUGAGCAAGUUGCCCUUGGAUUUUUAGAUAUUGCCAAUGAAACGAUGAGCAGACCAAUCCGCAACGCAACCGAAGCGAGAGGCUUCGCCCCCGAGAACCACCAUCUUGUCAGCUUUGGCGGUGCGGGCGGCCAGCACGCCUGUGACAUUGCCGACAAGCUUGGGAUCCAGCGCAUUCUGAUCCAUAAAUGGUCCUCUCUUCUCUCUGCAAGUGGCAUCGCCCAGGCCGACCUGCAGCACGAGGUUCUUGAGCCCUUCGGCUCCAAGCUUGACGGAGAGGCUCUAUCACACGUAGACCGGCGCCUGGCUAUAUUAAAGCAGGAGGUUGCGAGCCAACUCCAGUCGCAAGGAGCGUUGUCUGACUCUCUAGUUUAUGAUCAAAGUCUAGUCCUUCGGUAUUUCGGGACAAACACCGAUUUGACCAUUUCUCAGCCAGCCGAUGGCAAGAGCUACGCGCGGGUGUUCGAGGCAGAGCAUCUCCGGGAGUUCGGCUUCUCCAUGGGCCGUGAUAUCGUCGUCGAAUCUAUCAAGGUCCGUGGAACCGGCAGCUCUGUGACCAAGGUGGAAGAGGUCUCAGCCUUCAAGGAUCUCGCGGCUCGUGGUCAAGCCUCGACAACUGCUCCCAAGGAGACUAAGCAGGUAUAUAUCAACGGAUCAUGGCAAGAAACGGGUAUCUUCAGACUAGAUGAUGUACCCAGGGGCUCUAAAAUCAAUGGUCCUGCUCUUGUCAUCGACGAUACGCAAACCAUCUUCGUAUCCCCCAGCUUCCAUGCCAACAUCCUUACUUCUCACAUCCUCCUCGAAAAGAACUCGGCGAAAGCAGAGAAAGAGUCCGCCGAAGGGCAUGCCAGCACUUUAUCAUCCAGUCUUGCUCUCGCCGCUAGUAGCUCUGCUACGGUAGACCCCAUUCUCCUCUCCGUCUUCGCCCACCGGUUCAUGGCCAUAGCAGAACAGAUGGGCACUACGCUCCAGCGCACGUCUAUCUCGACAUCUAUUAAGGAACGCCUCGACUUCUCCUGCGCCAUCUUCUCGCCCGAGGGAACACUCGUGGCCAACGCACCGCACAUCCCCAUCCACCUAGGAUCCAUGCAGUUCGCCAUUCAAGCGCAACAUCGCCACUGGGCAGGCAAGGUACAGCUCGGCGAUGUGUUCUUGACCAAUCACCCCCAGUGGGGAGGCACCCAUCUACCCGAUCUUACCGUCGUCACUCCUGUAUUCAUCGACGGCGCCAUCGCCUUCUAUGUCGCUUCAAGAGGCCACCACACCGACAUUGGAGGCAAGGGAAUCACCAGCAUGGCCCCCGAAACCAAGGAGCUCUGGGAAGAAGGCCUCAACGUCCCCACGAUGAAGAUCGUGUCCGCGGGCGAGUUCCUCGAAGACGAAGUCCGCGCUGCCUUCAACAAGGCGGGAGACUUCCCCGGCUGCAGCCCGACGCGCCGUAUCGCCGAUAACAUCUCCGACCUCAAGGCCCAGACGGCAGCGAAUCAACGGGGCAUCACCCUCCUCGGCAAGUUGUGCGAUGAAGCCACCCUGCCAGUCGUGCAUAAAUACAUGAACAGCAUCCAGGACAAUGCAGAGCUGGCCGUCCGCUCGUUCUUCAAGAACCUCGUUGCCAGCCACCCGGAGCCCUUCGAGGCUGUGGACCACCUCGAUGACGGCACCGCCAUGCAGGUGCGCAUCAGCAUCGACCCGGAAACUGGCUCCGCGACCUACGAUUUCUCCGGCUCAGGGCCCCAGAUGUGGGGGAACUACAACUGCCCCAUCAGUAUCUGCCACUCGGCCAUCAUCUACACCAUCCGCUGCCUCGUAGACGUAGAGAUCCCGCUGAACGAAGGCUGCCUGAAGCCAGUCGACAUCAAGGUCCCCGAGGGGUCUGUCCUCAACCCGACGCCCAAAGUCGCGAUCUGCGGCAGCACACUCGCCAGCCAGCGUGUUAUCGACGUGAUCCUGCGCGCCUUUGGCAAGCAUGCUGCCAGCCAGGGCUGCGCGAAUAGCUUCGGUUGGGGGAUGGGCGGGAAGGAUCCUUUGACGGGGGAGAUUGUCAAGGGGUGGAACUAUGGCGAGAGUAUCGGCGGCGGCGUUGGUGCCAGUGAGAAUUAUCAUGGCGAGCAUUCCACUCAUGUUCAUUCCACCAACACGCGUCAAACGGAUGCAGAGGUGAUCGAGAAGCGCACAGCAGUAUUGGUCCGCUCUUACGGAAUCCGCCGUGGAAGCGGUGGCGUCGGUAAAUGGCGCGGAGGUGACGGCAUUACAAGAGAGAUCCAGGCCCGGAUCCCUCUCAAGUUCAGUAUUCUCAGUGAUCGUCGCGUGUACCGCCCGUAUGGUAUGGCUGGCGGUGGUCCCGGGCAGUCCGGUGCCAACUAUGCAUUUGUGUACAACGACAAGAAUGUUUUGGAAAGGGUGAAUCUUGGAGGAAAGGCUGUCAUGAAUCUAAAGGAAGGGGAGUAUAUUCAGAUUAAUACGCCGGGCGGCGGUGCCUACGGGAGCAUAGAAUAA